AUGUCUCCAGCUGGUCGCUCUCCACCCCCGACUGAGGUCCUGGGCCCGGGCACCCUCUCAGGCUGUGCUGUGUUCCUUCCUGCUGCAGCCCAGAGAGCCGAUGUUGGCGGGGAGGCAGCUGGCACCUCCAUCAACCACUCCCAGGCGGUGCUCCAGCGCUUGCAGGAGCUACUGCGACAGGGAAACGCCAGUGACGUGGUUCUGCGGGUGCAGGCUGCGGGCACCGACGAGGUCCGGGUCUUCCAUGCCCACCGCCUGCUGCUGGGACUGCACAGCGAGCUGUUCCGGGAGCUGCUGAGUAACCAGAGCGAGGCGGUGCUGCAGGAGCCGCGGGACUGCGCUGCGGUCUUCGACAAGUUCAUCAGGUACCUGUACUGCGGGGAGCUGACCGUGCUGCUGACCCAGGCCAUCCCCCUGCACAGGUUGGCCACCAAGUAUGGCGUGACCUCCCUGCAGCGCGGCGUGGCCGACUACAUGCGCGCGCACCUGGCGGGAGGCGCGGGUCCGGCGGUGGGCUGGUACCACUACGCGGUGGGCACCGGGGACGAGGCCCUGCGCGAGAGCUGCCUGCAGUUCCUCGCCUGGAACCUGUCGGCCGUGGUGGCCAGCGCCGAAUGGGGCGCCGUGAGCCCCGAGCUGCUGUGGCAGCUCCUGCAACGCUCGGACCUGGUGCUGCAGGACGAACUGGAGCUGUUCCAAGCGCUGGAGGCCUGGCUGGGUCGCGCGCGGCCGCCCCCUGCCGUGGCCGAGCGGGCGCUGCGCGCCAUCCGCUACCCCAUGAUCCCACCGGCACAGCUGUUCCAACUGCAGGCGCGCUCGGCCGCCCUGGCGCGCCACGGCCCCGCGGUGGCCGACCUCCUGCUGCAGGCCUACCAGUUCCACGCCGCGUCGCCGCUGCACUACGCCAAGUUCUUCGACGUCAACGGUAGCUCCUUCCUGCCCCGCAACUACCUCGCGCCCGCCUGGGGCGCCCCGUGGGUCAUCAACAACCCGGCCCGCGACGACCGCAGCACCAGCUUCCAGACGCAGCUGGGCCCGAGUGGCCACGACGCGGGCCGCCGGGUCACCUGGAACGUGCUCUUCUCGCCGCGCUGGCUGCCCGUCAGUCUGCGGCCCGUUUACGCGGACGCCGCGGGCACAGCGCUGCCCGCCGCGCGCCCGGAGGACGGCCGACCGCGGCUGGUGGUUACGCCGGCCAGCAGCGGCGGCGACGCGGCGGGCGUGAGUUUCCAGAAGACCGUGCUGGUGGGGGCGCGCCAGCAGGGCCGCCUGCUGGUCCGCCACGCCUACAGCUUCCACCAGAGCAGCGAGGAGGCCGGCGACUUCCUGGCGCACGCCGACCUGCAGCGGCGCAACUCGGAGUACCUGGUGGAGAACGCCCUGCACCUGCACCUCAUCGUCAAGCCCGUAUACCACACCCUUAUCCGGACCCCCAAGUAGCCUCGGGGUCGGGGAAUAAAGGCCUGGCCUAGGUGCUCCUUGUGGGUCUGGGAAGGGCAAGGCGAGUGUGGAGGUGGCAACAAGCCUGGUACCCUGGAUGGCCACGUGCCGGCCACCCUAGGCCUGGGGUGGAGUCCAGGUGAGGCGUGGUAGACAAGAUGCCUGGUUUCAAGAGCUGAUUUCACAGCUGACUUGAAGGAACAUUCUUGGUCCUGAAUAAACCGAUGCUCAGAGUGGUAA